CCUUUCAACCACCAAAAUGCGUUUAGCAGCAUCGCUAUCCAUCGCGCCCGCAGUCUCUGAAGCUCUUGCGUCCUUGGGAAUAGUCACUGACACCGACCUUCUCUUUGGACCACCUCCACACGAGCUCCUCGCCCGCCUGCCACCCGGCACAAUUACUCUGAGGCAAUUACAAGGCGCUAUAGAGUCUAUUUCUGCCGCUUCAUCGUCCCAAGGUCUAUCAGUCGACGAUCUCCUUUCAAGCAGCGCAGCUAUACAGCAGAAGGGCGGCGCAGCUUCUUCAUCUCACGCUAGCACGGGACUGCCGGAUCUCGACACAAUGCUGGGGAACGGUGGUUUUGUGGAAGGCCGCGUCUAUGAGAUAUCAGGGGACAAGAGGACUGGAAAGACGUGCCUUGCUCUCAACACUGUGAUCCACCAUCUAGUACGCUACGAUACCUGCCACGCCUGCUGGGUCGAUACGACGGGCGACUUUACGGUGGAGAAAGCCUUGCAGGUCCUCGGGGCAGCUACAGACGAUCCUUACUCAACUGCGCUCGACCGUUUCGAGGUAUCGCUCGCGUUCGACGUAAGCACUAUGUUCGAUGUGCUUCAGACGCUGCGUAUGUCGUCAAGUUACCGCCAAGUCCGCUUCCUCGUCGUCGACACUAUAUGGGCACUCUUGAGCCCGCUCUUCAGCAAUUUCUCUGCUCAAGGUCACGCAAUCAUGACCGAUCUGAUGCACCAGCUUCGCCAGUGUGCGCAGGACUUGAAUCUAACUGUACUUGUCCUGAACAAUUCCUCCUCUCUGACCCCUCGGGACGGGCCCAAAGCCCCGAACUUGUCUGCAUGUGAGGCAGCUACCCGACGUCCUGCUCUUGGGCCAUCUUUUCAGUUCAUGACUGACGCGACACUGUGGCUAUCUCAGGCUGAGGUGCUCACUGUAGCGAAAGCAGAAGGCGAAAAAGACUCUGAGAUGCGGGACGCCGACGGCGCAGAAGCACCAGAGCCAAGUCAAGAUGCCCCAAGGCAAUUUAUUUGCGAAAUCCUACGUUCACGACUUUCGCCCACUGGCCCCUGGUGUACAAUUACUAUACAAAACUACAUCGUCAAGCCUUGCUGGUUUCCAGGUACGUCGCAUCCCCAUUUGAUCCUUUCCCAACUAUAACGACUUCUCCAGCUCAAUCAUCUCUUGCAACGUCUUGAAAUACUUGUUCUCUUGCAAGCUCGCCGGAUUCACCGACUUCAGCGGGCUGCGCACAUUCGGCGCGCCAUACCCAAACGCCUGCGUCACCACCGCCUUCACACCACCAAUGCCCCCCAAUUUCGACACCGCCCAGUCCGCGUGCCCCAUUUUCGCCUGCAGC